AUGGCUGAAUCCACUGGUCACUUACCAAUAUCUGGUGACUUCAAUUUACAUGUUGGUGACCCUCGUAGCAUCUAUGCAAACCGCUUUAAUGAAAUUCUUGAAUCUUGCAACCUAAAACAACACGUUACUGGAGCAACUCACGCUAACGGACACACUUUGGAUCUUGUAAUUUCUAAAAAAGAUAAUCCUUUCAUUACUGAAAUCAAGGUUUUCGACCCAGUGUAAUCUCGGAUCACUGUGCGGUUCAUUGUAACCUGAGUGUACAAAAACCGCACUUCAGGAAGAAAAUGGUGUACUAUCGGAAACUCCGUUCUUUGGAUAUUAAAUCCUUUUGUGAAGAUAUCUUGACUUCUCCUUUGCUACAGGAUCAAGCUGUUGAACUCAGCGUUCUUGUGGGUCAAUAUGACAAUGUAUUGAGAUCGCUCUUGGAUCUCUAUGCCCCUUUAAAACGGCGAACAGUAACAUUACGACCUAGUGCUCCCUGGUAUAAACCGGAAGUGGUGGUACAGAAAAACAUCCGAAGGCGGUUGGAGCGGAAGUGGCGUUCGACUAGGUUACUAUGUGAUCGUGAGCAAUACGUUCAUCAGUGCUACUGA